CAGAGUCAAGAUGCUGGCAGUCCGACAGAGAGCCCGAAGGGCUCAGCCAACAGCGCACGCACUCCGACCCGCUGCGCGAUUCUACGCAUCCGACCACGGUCACGACGCCCACCACGAUCAUCAUCAUGCCCCUCAAGUCGAGGAAUCGCCUGGACUGGGAUUGUACUUCGCCCUCGGCGCCUUAGGUCUCUCUAUGUUCACCUACUCCAUCUCGCGGCCGGGCAAGGAAGGCGAGGCGUCUAAGCUGUCCCAGUGGAUCGACAGCUACCGGGCACAAUCUCAGCAGACCUGGGAGCAGCGGAAUACCUUGCGUACGGAUCUCAAGGAGCAGGCAGCGGCCGACAGGCACCUGUUCAACACGGUUGAGAAGUCAAAAGCGUUUGAUCUGAGGACGCCCGAACUCAUCAACUCGGGCUCCCCGCACAAUGUCCCUGCGGGCCACUACGUGAACCUGGACUAUCUCGUCGAACAUUACAGGAAAGAGCAUCUAGAGGAAGAGGAGCGGAAAGCAAAGAAGUUGGCUGAGGCCAAGAAGGCGUGAGGCUUGGGCGGCGUUGAAAAGCCUUUGUAUUACACCAUUUGGUCAUCCAAAGCAAUAGAUUAUGGUCAAUUUUCUCUCAGAUUUGCACCUGAGCCUCGG